GACAUCCAUUCCCUAAAUCUGAGUGAAUUUCAAUACACUCAGACCAACAUCACGGGCCUUACCCUACUUGACCCGAAGGGACAGCAAAUUGGAUACAUGACGAGGGACUGGAUCUCAGGAAAGCCUCACUCGGCCGUCACAAAAGUCGUUUCGGUAUAA